AUGGCUAAGGGCGGUGCGACGGCUGGGCGCGCACGCAAGGCUGCCGAGAAGGCCGACUACCCUAACCUGAAGCGUACGGCCGCUGCUACCCUCGAGAAACUCAAAAAAGCUCAGUUGGCGAAGCGUAGGGAGGCUCGAGUCCGCAAAUCGGCGGAGCAGGCCGCAGAGGAGGAGCGACAAUUGCUGGCGCGAGAGCGAGUCCUGCGCGCCGAUCUGAAGGAGCUUGGGGAGGAGCAGCGACGUAGAAUCGAGGCGGAGCAACGGGCGCAAGCAGCGAUCGCACGCGAGCAGGCCUCGGAGCAUCAGAGGCAGCAGCAGAGGGCUGCUGAUGGAGAGGCGGUGGCGAACGUCCUGACCCAGCUGGGAAACUUGCGGUUGGAGAAUAAAAUGCUUCAAGAUCAACAGCGCGAGAUGGUUGAGAUUUUUUGUCCACAAGCGGCAAGCGUGAUGGCGGUGCAGCAACAGCAGCACAACGGGAAUCCGCUGCUUUCCGCGAAAGACCAGCUCAUCCGCACCCGGAUGGAGGUAGAGCAAGCGAGGAGGGAGCUGGAGGCGGCGUCGGCGUGGGGAAGGUUGCCGAGACGAGAAAUGCUAAUUUGAGGAAAAGGUGCGUGCGUGCGUGUGUGUGUGUGUGUUUGUGUGCCUGUGUCUUUGCCCUCGUGCGUUUUUAGCCUUGCUGUUCCCUUCAAGUGCGACUACUUCAUAUGCCUCCGAGUCCUACAGGUUGAUAGAACCAACAUAAGCAGGAGGAUACCAAGAGAGGCAGGCGAAGCUGCAUGCAGCUGCUAUCAUCGACAGACUUGGUGUUGAAUGCGAGAAAAUACGGCAGGAGCAGCAGCAGCGCGCAUUUUUUUUGUUUUCCCGCUCUCACAACCGCCCUGCUGUUUGCCCGUUGGCCUUUUUCUUU